AUGGUCCCGUUAGUUGACCGAUUUCACUCGGUUCCAGUCCCAGUCUGCGUUUUACCCCAGGCUUUAGAAUCAUGUAAACUGUCACCUCAACGAGCAGAGCGCCUAGGCUCUGAUUCUCAUGCUAGCAGAUAUCAGGCAUUGCGUUCACGGGGCCGCCCUGACAACCAGGCCACCAAAGUUGUACUGGCUUAUUCGAAACGGACAUCAUCCACUGACAACAUCUUCUCUUGGUUGCCGAAAGUCCCCGCCCCCCACUUUCCUCAUCGCGAUCUCUUUUCUUUGGGUUAG